GCAUCAAAGCAUUAAGCAUAAUCAAUCAUCUCUCGAGAAAAAAAAGAGCAAUGGAAGCAACGCAGCUAAGGCAUCUUAGUUGGGAACUUAGGAAAAAACUAAUAUUCGAAAAGUCGAGCGUGACCGGUAUGGUGGUUGCGGAGUUGGCAGACAUGUUGUUGAAGGUUAUGGAAGAUAUUGAAUGUAAGCUUGGUGUGGCAGAGUGUCAACUACAAGUACCUGGUGGAGUUUUGAACAAAGAUUUCAAGCAAGGGGUUGAAGAUGGCCUAUCCCUACUCAAAUCAUUUCUUCAAGGAUUGCAGCAAGGGUCGAAACAAUUUCAAGGUGAGGGCAACGAUGCGCUAAAGACAUUACGGUUGGUGAAAAUGAUGGAUUCUAAAAAGGCUUUAGUUAUGGAGGAAGAGUUGAGUAGUGAAGACGAUACUGAUAAGGAAACGAUUGUAAGGGUACUAACUGAGUCAGAUAGUGAUAAAUUGUCAGUUAUUCCAAUGAUUGGGAUGCCUGGAACAGGAAAAACAUUGUUAGUCCAACGUGUGUAUCAUGAGAGGAGAGUUUUCGAAUAUUUUGAUGUAAAACAUUGGGUGAGUGUUUCAGACAUCCGUGCAGGUCCGAGUAAGUUAUUGGAUCAAGUUUUUAAACAAAAAACUUGUGAUAUAAAGAUACAAGAAAAGUUCCAUUCUGUGGUGGAUGGUAAAAGGUACCUGCUUAUCUUAGAUGGUGUAACACAAGGGGAUCAAUAUCAAUAUCAAUAUCAAUAUCAUGGGGUGUUUUUGCAUCACUUGUUGCGUAAUGUUAGCCACGGAAGCAAAGUAAUUUUAACUGCCUCAAACAUGGCUUCCCUUGGUAAUUUAGAACCCUUGCCCUUGGUUAAAGAUGCACCUUAUCAACUGGAAUAUCCAUCAGGUGAUGAGGGUUGGAAUUCUUUUAAAAGCAUAGCAUUCGGUUAUGAGGCAGCUGGAGAGUUUCGUCCUGAAAAUAUUAAGUUAAACAUUGCUUGGGAAAUAUAUAAUAAGUAUGCUGGUAUGCCACGACUUCUGAAGAACAUAGCUAUCCUGCUUCAUAGUAGGGGCAAUUGGGAGUAUAUUACGGAUAUUCAGUUGAAAAGCAUUCAAGAUCCAUUCCAAACUAUUCUGUCAAAAUUAAACCUCGACAGCUACAAACAUAUUUCGCCAGAAAUUCAGCACUGUGUAAAGUAUUGUUCCUUAUUUCCGGAGGGUUAUGAAUUUAAUAAGGUAGAUUUGAUACAUCUUUGGGAUGCUCAAGACUACUUAUCAACUACACCUGCAAGGCCAAGAGAGUUAGUUGGUGAUGAAUAUUUCGAGGAAUUACAUAAUAAUGGAUAUUUCUUCAAAAAGAAUAAAGCAGACACUAAUAUUUCUGUUAUUAGUUACCUUAUGGACUCCUUAGUGAAUGAGUUCAUUAGAUCUGUGACAGAACCUGUAAUUUGCCGUGCAGUGGACGAGGCUAUCGGGGAAGCUAAUAAGAACAAUGUUUUGCACUUAAGCUUCAUUGUUGAUAAGUCUGAAUGGACAGUACCAUCAUGGAUUGCUGAAGCAAACAAGUUAAAGUCUCUACUUUUUUUGCCUGGCACAUCAAGGGAAUCUGCUAUCAUUGGGUCAAUCCCAAAUAUUGAUAGAGUCUUAUCAAAAUUAAGCAUGUUACAGGCAUUGGAUUUGGCAGCAGUGAAUUGUGAAGACCUUCCGGAAUUCUUCGGAGAUCUGAAUGAGUUAAGGUACCUCCGACUUGGUGUAUCUUCUGAAUAUCUUCCUGAAAGCAUCACUACCCUCACCAAGUUACAGACACUGGAUUUGCGAAACUCUAAUGUAGUAGUACUUCCAAGAGGCUUUCACAGACUGGUUGGUUUGAAGCACUUAUAUACUGGAGAUAGAUUGAUGGACCUGCCACCUGAUUUUGGGAAAUUAACAUCUUUACAGACACUAGAUGUAUUCAUAGUGGGAGAAAACAACAAGUUAGAUGCGCUUGCUGAAUUAACUGUUCUAGUUGGGAAACUUAAAAUCCGUUAUGAAACUCAGUAUAAUAAAGAUGAACUGAAAGAGACGGUAGGAAUUUUGAAAAAUACAUACUUAACUGACAUAUCACUGAUAUGGUCAUCUUCAUAUGAAGAAGAAGAAGAAGAUGUAGAUGAUAUGUUAUAUAGUUGCUUACAGCCCCCUCCAAGUCUUGAAAGCUUGACAGUUUGCCGUUGGAAGGGAGUUGGGCUUCCGCAACAGCUGGUUGAUGGCUUUCCUGUCCUCCGUAACCUUGUUUCUUUACAUAUUGAGGACUGUGGUAGAUGCAAAAAUCUGCCUAUCUUUAGUGCAUUGCCUCAUCUUAGGUUUCUACAGCUUUGGGAUCUCAGUACCUUGGAGUACAUUGAAAUUGGGGAUACAGAUUUUCCUAAACAAGAUUACUUCCCAUCAUUGGAGUCUCUUGUCCUAGCUAAUUUGCCUUUAUUCAAGGGAUGGUCGCGUGAAAGUCAUGACCACCUUAACCUUCCUAGGCUUGUGAAACUCGGUGUAAGUGGUUGCCCGAAGUUGAAGUCCAUGCCUCAACUUCAAAGUCUUGAGUCACUAGAGGCGCAUUAUGUCCAUGGGUUACUGCUGGAGCACAUUCAGAAAUCAGCUUCAGAUUCUUCCACACUGAAGCGAUUAGAAAUUGUGUCAGUUCAUCAUCCACUAAAAUCUUUUUCAAUUAACUCCGGCUUAGAGUCCUUGAUAAUCAGGCAAUGCUCACAAUUGGAAAAUUUGAUCGUAGAAUCCUCCAAUCUCAAGCAACUUGAAGUUCAUGAUUGUGGAAAAUUGAUAGAUAUUACUACAGGUGCAUUGACACAUCUGAAUUUGCUUGAGAAACUAGAAAUCAAGCGCUGUGAAAUGUUGAACUGGUUGGAAAUAAAACAAGAUGAUUAUCCUGAUCACGACGAUUCAGCUUGGCAAAGGCUCAAGUUCAUCCGCUCUUUGAAACUAUUACACAAUUCUUCACUGAACUAUCUGCCGAAGGGCUUCAGUUUCCUCGAAAGACUUGAAGAGUUAUCCCUUCAUUCACUUCAAAACUUGAGAUCCAUUCCAGAAUGGAUAGGGAACUUCAGACAGCUUCGCCGACUUUCCAUUCGUAAUUGCCCUGUUAUAACAGAACUUCCUGACUCACUUGGUAGGCUCUCUGUUUUAGAACAACUUGCAAUUUAUCAAUGCCCUAGACUGAAACAGAUUCCAGAAUCUAGACUCAACUCUUCGUGCAAGCUCGACAUCCAAGACUGCCCAAAGCUGCCUAGAAGAGACACCAACAGCCAGAUGAUAUGA